AUGGCAAAGGCCCACUGCGUAAACGGGUACAAACGGCCCGCUAGAGCUGGUGAGGAGGCGAGGGGACGGCAGCCGGCUCGGAAGAGGAGGAAGGUGGAUGGCGGCGGCCGGGACCCCGAGGUGAGCAGCAACGCGGAAAAGUCACCUCGCUUGUCAGCAGCCUUAUUUGGUGAGGACUGCGAAAUCAGCCAUGACCAGCUGUUUGAGUUGUUAAAGUAUGCAGCUUUGGGAAAAUGCCAUAAUGCAACACAACCCAGCUGGUGCCGUAUUUAUCACCAAAGCCACCUGGCUGGAGUUGUGGUUAUUGUUCUACAUGAAGUGAGCCUACUCCAUUUCUACAAAUUCUAUUUACAGUUCAAACACCUCAGAAAAGUGUUCCGGCAUAGAUUCACAUUAACACCUUCCGCUGACUUCCUGGCCAGCCUGUAUGGAGAAGGAGCAAACCCGAAACCUCAGAACGCUGCACGAGGUUUGACUUCCACUAGCAGUGAAUGUGUUCCUAAAAGCUCAGACUUGCAACAUGAUCCAAUCAUACAGAAAUACGGAGGAAAAAAACAAGGCCUUACUAGCUAUACUCUAACUUUAGAAGAACAGGAAAAAAAUUGCUAUCCCAUAAGAGGCUCCCCUGCAUGUAAGGGCUAUGUACAUACAGAUUGUGAUCAGCAGAGGACACACAGCAGCCCCCUCUUUGGUCUGGAUUGUGAAAUGUGCCUGACUGAGAAAGGGAAUGAAGUCACUCGUGUCUCUCUGGUGGAUGCACAGGGUCAAUGCCUCUUGAAUGAACUGGUCAAACCUGAAAGCACAGUACUGAACUACCGCACCAGAUUCUCAGGAAUCACAAAGACAAUGCUGUUUCCAGUGAAAACAAGACUGCCGGACAUCCAGACGAGACUAAAAAAGUUGCUUCCCGAUGAUGCAGUAUUGGUGGGUCAUUCUCUAAAUGGUGAUCUUCAGGCUUUGAAAAUGACACACCCCAGUGUUAUUGAUACUUCAUUGCUUUUUGCCAGAAGUGAAGGUCGAAGAUUUAAGCUAAAAUUUCUAGCCAAAGUGGUUUUAGGGAAGGAGAUUCAAUGUGAAGAAAAGCUUGGGCAUGAUCCUGUAGAAGAUGCUAGAGCUGCACUAGAAUUAGCUCAAUUCUUUAUUGAGCGAGGACCAGCAAAGGUAGCAGAACUAAACUUGGAGGAGCUUCUGGCAACUGAAAAACUGGCUGAGGUCUCCCAGAACAAAGCUGUGUUACAGCCACAAGGAUGUAGGGUCCAGAAACAGUUGAAUGAGUCUCCACAUUUAUACAAACCAUGUUUUUUAGACUGCUUGCAGGCGAGUGGCCAGAAACCCCUCCUUUUGCGCAGACAGGAACUAGACUCUUCUGGCCUGUGUCAGAGUAACCUGAGUACUUCAAAUAAACAGAUUCUUCAGAGAGCCUUAGAAGAUGCUCCCCUGUCCACAUUCAGUAUCAUUCAGUUCAGUUUGGGUUCAGAGUACAUUGCACCUCACUUUCUUGCUGGACUUUGUGAAAAGGUGAGAAGCAAGCUGACUGACAUGCUGACAAUUUAUGCAGGUCCUUUUGAAGAAAGCUUUUGCCUGAGGUCUGUGAACAAAGAAUUUAGAAGGUGUGGACCAAUCCGAUCUCUUACAGUGCUAACUGAAACAUUCCAGCCCUAUGUCUGUAUCCAAUACGAAGUGCUGGAAGCUGCCCAGCUUGCUGUGGAAAUCCUGAAUGGAGCUGAGGUAGCAGGAUCCUGCAUUAAGGUUCAGAGACCUGUCACUACAGCAAUGCUGGACUGUGAUGUUUUGAUAAGGGAACUGGAACUGGAUGUAGAAAAUGAAGGUGUGAUUUACGUGGCGGGUCUAAAGAAGUCAUUAACAGAGACAGACUUGCAAAAAGAAUUCAGCCAGUUGAAAGACCUGGAAACACUGUUCCUGCCAAAGGAUCUCCAGAGUGGAAAGCACAGGAACUGCUGUUUCCUCAAAUUCCGGAAAUCACAAAGUGCUGUGGAUGCACUUGAAGUUAUAAAUGGAUGGACCAUGAAGGGCAGCAAAUUAAGAAGCAGGAAACACCUCUGGAGAUGGAUUUGGCAUACGAAUCGCAGCAAUGAGAAGCAAAGAGGAAGCAUCUUAAAUGAGAAAAUGGACCAACUCUCUUACUCUGAGCAGGAUCUAAGGAAAGAGGUGAAGACGUUAGACCAGCACAUCAAAAAGCUUUACAGGAGUCUUCAGAGUAACACCCUGUGCAUUGUUCUCUUUCCUGGAGCGAACAGCAUGCAUGGAUCACAAUCUGGCCUUGGUCUGAUGGGAAUAAAGGAUGACAGAGGGAGGAGUCCUUGUUAAACCACCGAGUUUUUAAGCCAAGUCUUUUGUUAAGAUAUUUUUAAUUACUUUAAAUAUUGAUGUCUUUGUAAAGAUCUCUUACCAUAAGAACAAUGGGCUUUCACUCCAUAUCUUUUACAAAGACUAAAAAUAAAAGCUAUUCA